AUGGAUAAGAUCCUUUGUUGGAAUGUUCGAGGGAUAUAUAGUGUUCAAAAGCAGAAUGAUGUAAAGAAGGUACUCAACACUAGAUCCCUUGGACUAGUUAGUCUCAUUGAGACUAAGGUUAAAGUGAAUAAAAUGGGAAGUAUGUAUCAGAAUUUAUUUUAUGGCUGGUGUUUUAGUAGUAAUUCUUCCCACCAUCCUGGAGGAAGAAGAGUUAUGGCCUGGAAUUAUCAAGCAUUUCAUGUGGAGAUUAAGCUUGUAACUGAUCAAAUCAUGCAUAGCCAUGUUAGAACUGUGAAUGGUUUUCAUGAAUUUGAAUGCACUUUUGUUUAUGCUCAUAACUCAGCAAAACAAAGAGAGUCAUUAUGGAGGGAUCUGGAAUACAUAGCUAACCAGAUUAAGCUUCCCUGGAUUGCAAUGGGGGACUUUAAUUGUAUCUUAAAUAGAGAUGAACGUGUGGGUGCAGCUGUUAGAGAUGGUGAGAUGAUAGAUUUCCGAAGGUGUGUUAACAAGUGUGAGCUGGAGGACCUCAAAGCUUCUAGUAACUAUUACACCUGGAAAAAUAAACAAUUUGGAGAAAGAAGUGUUUACUGCAAACUGGAUAGAGCUCUAUGUAAUGAGAAAUGGAGUGAGAAGUUUCAGGAUUCUGAAGCAUGGUUUAUGCCAGAGGGAAUGUUUGAUCAUUCUCCUAUACUGGUGUCAGUUUUUGUGGAUAGGAAAUAUGGGAAUGGUCCUUUCAAGUACUAUAAAAUGUGGAGUCAGGCUCCAAAUUUUCAGCAAAAGGUCAGGGAAUUCUGGGUGACUAAUAUAAGUGGCACACCAAUGUUUAAAGUGGUGCAAAAGCUCAAAAUGGUGAAAAAAGAAAUGAAGGUGAUUAACAAGAUGGGUUUCUCAGAGAUCCAUGUUGCUGAUGCUAAGGCAUACAAGUUGAUGAUUGAGUGUCAACAUCAUGAUAAAAACAAUCCAGGGGAUAGUGACAAAGAAAAACAAGCAGUAGAAGAUUAUAGAAGGAUUCAUGAAUGUUAUCUAGCCUUUCUUAGAUAA